UCUCUCUUCCUCUUCCUGUCUCUUCCUCUUCCUGUCUCUGAUCACACUUCGCGCCACUGAGGAUUUUUAAGGAGCUGCGUUGUCAACUUGUAUCAUCACAAUCAAUCAGAAAAGUCAUUUUGUUGUGUUGAUUAUGGACAUCAGACGGUUCUUUGUAUCAAGCAAACCCGCAGCGCAGAAACCGUCUCAGGAUGGAAACCUCAACACAGAGUCCCCGAAGAAGAAAUCCGUCUCAACAGACGAAGAAGUGAAGAAAAAGCAAACUGCUACCAAGGUGGUGAAGAAGAAGAAGAAGGACAGUGAUAAAAAGACAAAGAAGCGUGCUGUCAUUGAGUCAGACUCUGAGGAGGAGGUAGUGAAGCAGAAGGUCCGGAAACAGCACCCUCCUCUUCCUCCUGCCAAGAAAGACCCGGUGCAGUAUGUCUCUGAGACAGAUUCAGACAGUGAUAACUUCCUGUCUCUGAAGAAGUCUGCAAAGCCCCAGGAUAAUGGAGUGACCAAACCAGGGAAGGCCCGCACCGGGACCAAAGAGAUCUACAGGUCCCCCUCGAAACCCACCCCUGCGCCCGCCAAGGGGAAAGGAGUGAUAAAGAAGUCUCCUCCAGCCCCCGUCACCCCUAAAUCAGCGCCCCAGCACACCAAACGCACCCCCACCUCUGUCCUGGACUACUUUGGCAGUGGGAGUGUCCAGCGCUCGGGCAAGAAACUGGUAGCAAGUACCAAGAGGAAAGCUGACCAUGAUGAGUCGCUGACUGAUGAGGUCAUCGCCCAGCAGCUGCAGAUGGACGAGGACAUGGAGUUGGAGAGGCUGGUCCACGAGGACGAGGAGUUUGCCAGGACGCUGGCCAUGUUGGACCAAGAACCACACGCCAAAAAGGCUCGUAAGGACUCUGGUAAGGAUCUGGGGUCUGACACGUCAGCCAACAAAAGCAUCGCUAACUCCUCCCACAGCAGCACUACCAGCCAAUCACAGUCCAAUGGGCGGGACCACAACCAGGACGUGAUCGGUCCGUCCCCUAAAAAGGUCCCCCCUCUUGUUAAAACCAGUUCCAAACUGGCCGUGAUGAAGAGAAGGGAGGUGGAAGAGGAAGGAGGAGGGAAGACAAAUCUGACUAUCAAAAUGCCCGUCUCUCCCAAAAAGGAGUUCCUAACCACUUCAAGCACAGACAGGAAGUCCAAGCCCAAAACAGGAAGUGUAACCAUGGUGACCACACGCACGACUCUUAAAACCUCCCCCAAGAAAGAGAGCACCAGUCCAGAGGAUUCAGAGAAGAAGCGAGGGAACUCCUCAGCCUUCCGUAGUUUCCUGAACAGAGACGGACCCAGAGCCCUGGGGUCUAAACCCAUACCCACUGGAGCAGAGAACUGCCUGGAGGGGUGUGUGUUUGUGAUAUCUGGUGUGUUGGAGAGUAUGGAACGUGAGGAUGCUAAGUCCCUGAUCGAGCGCUACGGAGGGAAGGUGACCGGCAACGUCAGCAAGAGGACGACAUACCUGGUGAUGGGCAGAGACGGAGGAGCGGCCAAGACUGACAAGGCGGAGGGGUUUGGAACUAAGAUCCUGGAUGAGGAUGGUCUGUUAGAGCUCAUCAGAUGUUCACCAGGGAAGAAAUCCAAGUACCUGAUUGCUGCCGAGGCCGAGGUGAGGGGAACAAUGGGCUCUGGUCUAAAGGUGUCACCCCACCUUGUGUGUGUGUGUGUGUGUGUGUGUGCGCAGGACAUGAAGCUGGGUCCGUUUGACGUGUGUCGGAAGGUGUUCUCCAAGGGGGAGGAGUCGGGUCACAUGACGCUGAUUGACAAGUCGGACCUGUUCUUCCAUGACUACGCCCUCGCCCCCCUCUUCAUCCAGGAGAACUACAUACAUGUUAGACCUGCUGCUGCUGGUGGUGAUCUGAAGUCCCACCUGGUCCUCCUCAGUAAGACAGCUGAUUGUAUCUGUGAUGGAGACCUGGUGGACAGACAGAUACGGUCCAAACAGGCCUGGUCUCUACUGCCCACACAGGCGAUCUAUUCCAGUGUGUUACCAGGAGAGUUGAUGCGUGGCUAUAUGAACUCUUUCCCCUCGUUUCCCUCCUGGCUGGGAAAGUUCUCCUCCUGCAAUAAACACUCUCGGAUCAUUCAGGAGCUGGCCUCUCACAUGAGCCUCAAGACAUUAAGUAGCAGACAGGCAGUGAGCCUGGACUACCUCCCUUACCUCCGCAUGUCCCUGCUGUGUCCUCUUCAGAGGCGCGGGGCGGAGGGGGCUGGUCAGGCUGUCCAGCUGUUAGAUGACUACCACCUGGUCAGAGAGGAUGUGGACAGCCUCAUGGAGAUCAGCCUCUGGGGGGGCCAGCCUGACCCUUACGCUCAACUAGACCCCAAGGUGAAGUCAGCGUUCACGAGGGCCUAUAACCGGGAGACCCACCUGACACCCUACUCCCUCCAACCAAUCAAGAAGGGCCGUCGUGGCGGAGUGGAGGCAGAACUGGGAGGAGAGGAGCAAGCGGAACAGCCUGAGGAAGAGGAGGAGGAGGAAGGUGUUGCAGCUGACGCCAUGAUCAAAAAGAAGGCCAAACCCUCCAAGGAGCCCAAGAAGGAGAAGACAACAGCCGGGGAUUCUGGGAAGGGAAAGGGCAAAGGCAAGGGCAGGAAGUGA